CCCGUCGGCCAGUCCGUCUGUCAGUCAGUCGCAUCGCGGUCGCGGAGUGUUGUGCUGCCCAGCAGACGAGAUAUUCGUGGCUUGCCUUCGCGUCGUGCUUUGUUUGUUGCGGUUCCACCUCGAAGCGGAUUGCUCCGUCCUUUCUUGCUUUUCAGUAAGCAAGCGCGAGUCUCCGAAUCGCCCAAGUCGUCGAGAGCCGCCAAGAUGGUGUCGUGCGGGAUGUCGUUUAUAAAGUACCUCCUGUUUUUGUUCAACCUCCUUUUCGCGAUAUCUGGCAUUGUCAUAUUGGCAGUGGGGGCAACGAUUGUCGCUAGGCAGAAAAAUCUACAGCUAGUAGUAGAUCAUUUCUGGUCGGCAGCAGUGCUGCUAAUUGCUGUUGGCUCGAUUGUCUUUUUGAUCUCCUUCCUCGGCUGCUGUGGUGCCGUCCGUAACAGCAAUGUCAUGGUCAUGUCGUUUGCCGUUCUGCUCAUCAUCAUCUUCAUUUUGGAGUUGACUGCUGCUGUUGCUGGCUACUUGCUGCAAUCUAAAAUUCAUGAUGUUCUUCAGACCAGCCUGAAUGAGUCACUGAAGAGUUAUGACAACACCACCACCGUUAGGGAAGCUUGGAACAUCAUGCAACACGAUUUCAAAUGCUGUGGUGUCAAUGGACCUGACGAUUGGCAGACUGUCUUCAAGAAUACGACUCUGCCUGAUUUUUGCUGCCCAGACAAGGAUGUGAAAGACAAAUGCAUUCUCAAUGGACCCAUUCCCUACAACAAGGAAGGAUGCUUGAUGAAGUUUGAGAAGAUUUUCCACGACAAGGGUUUCCUUGUUGUUGGUAUUGGUCUUGGUGUCUGCUUCAUCCAGAUUGCUGGUGUGAUUCUCUCUUGCUGCCUGGGCCGUGCUCUUCGCAAGGACUACGAAACUGUCUAAACAUGCACUUUUUUAUUCCAACUGGUUGUAUGAAAGAUGUUCAUGUGAAGUGUGGUAGGUAUAGUUGUUUCCUCCACAUCAAAAAUAAGUAUGGCUGAAUUGUGAAAUUCUGAUUUCUUUUUGUCUAUUUUUUCAUCACAAUUUCGUACUUACUCUUUAAACUAUAUUUUCAGUAUUUUAUAUUGACCUUUCAUGACUUAAAACAUAUGCCUUUGAAUCCAUCUUUAGGCUUCUCUUUUUUCUUUCUCAAUGUAUUUCUUCUCGGUACUUAUUUAUUCUGCUGAGAACUGAAAGAAAAACUUUGUUUCAAUGUCAUAAAUUGUGUGGUUUUGAUCUGAAUCCAAUGUCCUCUUUGUUGUAUUGUAGUUGUGAAUUUUGUAAUAACUGACCUCAUACAUAAUCAAGUUUCAUCCUGUUCUGCCUUUGCUGUUUUAUAUCUCAGGAUAUCGUAGUGUGCAAUCACCUGGUGACUACAGGAGGAAAUCUCCUGUCAUUUCCUGCCAUGUGUAUGCUAAUCUUAUUCCUUAAUUAUUUUAUUUUUACAUCUUGGUGCAUAUUUCCCCUGUGUUGUUUCCUUGCCUCCUAUUUUGUGAGUAGCUUGGCAAUCACUUUGACUUUUCUUACUUGUCACCCCUCCCUGGACCAGAACUUAUCAAAACUGUUAGUCUGGGGCGAUUAGGAAUUCAGUGUAUGCUGCUUUGAAAGAUCUGUUCCAGUAAGAGGUAAAAUCUUGUUCCAUGUCAUUUUUUUAAAUAUUGAAAACAUAGUGUAUGUUAGUUAGUCGGUAUGAUUGCAUACCUUGUAGUUACCCCUCUGAUUAUUUUAUUAUUAAAAAGAUUUGAAAAAACUUGAUUUUUGUGCAGUUCUGGUGAUAAAAUUCAGCAACUUGGACUGAUCUGUUUUUCUUGUUGGCCAGUUUAGUUUGGGCUUUCACUGCAAACUGAAAGGCCACCUUUGCUUCUGGUAAUACUUUUGUCUGUGUCAAUGGUUAGUGCCAAAAUGUCUUGAUUUGCAGUGUCAUGUACUUCUUUCAUUCACUCAAGAAACGACCAUGUCAAAGGUUAGCGUUUAGUUGCCUGUCGAGUUGCGACAAGUUUGCUCUUGUGUGAUUGAUUACAGCACCAGUCCAAGUUAACAUUUUUGUCUUGUAGGUCUCAACUGUUGUUUCCUGGAUAGGGCGAUUUUGGUGGAGGAUCUUUGAAGGGCUAUCAUUAUUAUAACAUGUGUUGUGCCAUUGGAAGCCUUCAACAUAACACAAACAUGUCUAACUUUACCCUUAUUGUCAUGAAUUCAUGUAGUGCGGACUUGUGCACAACCUCUGGUUUCAUAGAACUUCUGUUACAUUUUCUUGUUUAUGAUGUGUGAGGCUUCACUGCCUUUGCCCUCAAGUUUGAUUCAUCUUGAAGUGUUUUCUCCCUUUGGCUGUUGAACCACCUUUAAAUCUUUCUAAAACUAAUCCUCAUGAAUUGGCAUGUUAAUGUUAUUGUGUGUAAACUAGUCCUGAAUUUCAAUUUUUAAAGAAAUGCGCACAUGCUGUUUGUUUCUUAUGUUGCACCCAUUAUAAUUUUAUUUAAAUAUUCAUUGAGCUGCACAAAACAAAAAUAUAUGUAUCAUUGUAAUUAAGAACCUCCCCCUCCCCCGUUUUUUGGUAGAACAAUUUUUUUUAAAAUGGAUUGUUGCUUGGUGGUAAGAAUGGUGCAAGCUGAGCCUGUGUGCAAUGAUAGCACAGUAGUCUUUUGCAUCUCCACUUGACUGUUUGGGAGCCUAGCAGGCACACCCAGUGCUGAUGCCAGGACCAACCAAAGACUAUGAGCUCCCUGACUGGUUUGCAUAUGGCACCUGUUGUGUGUUGUCUGUUGCAAGCAAAAUUAAGACUUUGGAAUACUCACUUUGUGGUGUAUUGUGAUUGAGCGACCUGAUCUCCCUUCUGUUUAUGUUCAUCUGUCUUUUUGCUUUGUGACUGUGUUUCAAUAAACAUUAUGGAUCCCGUCCAA